AUGCUGUGUAGGAAAAAGCAGCGGGGCAUUGUGGUUCUGUGCCUUGUGGUUUCUGUUUGGAAGAUUUACAAGUCUGUGUACCUGGGACCUUCAUCUUCCUCAAACGGCAUUGGAGAAUGGUCAACAGUAGAAUCCUUUUUGGAGGGAAAGCCUUGCAGCUAUAACAGAUGCUUUAAUUUAAGCAACCCGGACUGGUUCUGUGAACACUACAAUGCCUCAGUAAACUGCCUGCUGAAUCCUAAAAACCCAAUGGUCCCCUCAGGAGUACAGCAGUGGUGGCUGAAACUACAAGGAUCACAGAAUGGGAGCCAACUCCGAGAGAUAAUAAAGAAUCUGUUUGACACCCUUUCAUCUCCCUCUGCUAAAGUUCAGGAUAUUGCCCACUGUGGAACAUGUUCUGUGGUAGGAAAUUCGGGGAAUCUGAGGGGCUCCAAAUAUGGUGAAAAGAUUGACUCUCACAAUUUUGUGCUGAGGAUGAACAAAGCACCCACUGCAGGCUUUGAGGAAGAUGUUGGUGCAAAAACCACACACCAUUUCAUGUAUCCAGAGAGUGCUGUCAACCUUCAUCCUGGAGUCCAUCUGGUGCUUGUCCCUUUCAAACCCUUGGAUUUAAAAUGGCUGGCCAGUGCUCUUUCCUCAGGAGAUAUUCAGCACACAUACAAAAGAGUGAAACAAUUCAUCAAAGCAGACAAAAGCAAGGUUCUAAUACUGAAUCCUGCCUUUCUGAAAUACAUCCAGGAAAAGUGGACCAAGAACCAUGGAAAAUAUCCUUCCACUGGAUUGAUUGCAUUGAUCUUUGCCAUCCACACUUGUACACGGGUCUCUGUGUUUGGUUUUGGAGCAGACAACAGUGGGAAUUGGCACCACUACUGGGAAGAGAACCGUGAUGCUGGAGCAUUCCACAAGACUGGGGUUCAUAAUGCCGUUUUUGAACAAAGGCUCAUUGAAAGACUAGCAACAGAAGGCAAAGUAUCCCUUUUCCGGUAG